AUGUCCAAGUCCCGCACUCCUCUCAUUCUUGGCGGCGCUGCUGUCUCUGGUAUCGGAUACUACCUCUACGCCGCUGGCGGCAACCCACGAGCUGCUGAGAAGAAGGCCGAGAGUGACGCCCAUAGCGUUGCUGCCGAUAUCAAGAGUCACCUUCCCGGCCGUUCCCCCAAUGCUGAGGGUGAGCUGAAGGGAGCUGGUGCCGCUGCCGGUGCCAAGAUUGACGGUGUUGCUGCCGAAGCCGACCGUCAGGCUGGUGUCAUCAAGAGCAACGUCGAGUCUGUCGCAAAGGACGCAAAGGCCGAGGCCAUGAGAGUGGUCGACAAGUUCGACCACCGCGUCGAGGCGGAAGCCGCCAAGGCCAAGGGCGGUAUCUCGAGCUGGUUCGGUGGCGGCAAAUAA